AUGUCUUAUCAAGUCGACUACUGGUCCAUUGAGCCCCUGUGCGGUCGCCGCGAUACCGGAGAUAACGACCAGGCCACCCACAUUCCUGGUCGCAACAGCCAUUCUUCGAUAAGAGUGGCCGCGUUACCACGGUCCGGGAUCCGGCCGAGCUUACAUGGGCUCGUUGAUUAUGAUCGGUCCAGGGGACUACGAUCGCCUGUAAGAUUGUAA